AUGUCUCAAUCUACUUCUUGGGAAAAAUUACUAGCCGAAAACUCUCGCUUAAAGGCUCAAUUAGAAGCCAUUACCGAAGGGGGAGGUAUUAAAAUAAUUUUCCCGGAUAAAGAUAUUGCUAGACAGAUAAUUCGCAAAAUUAAUCCUCGUAUAUUAAAGGAGUUGCCUCGUUAUUCUUUUAGUUCUAAUAAUUCUUCUAAUCUCGUUCUCGAAGGUGAUAAUUUACAUGCUCUCGCUUCUCUUUAUCAAUACCGGAAUAAAGUAGAUUUAAUUUUAACUGAUCCUCCUUAUAAUACUGGUAAAGAUUUCCGUUAUAAUGAUAAACAGACUAAACUGCCUAAUGAUGAAGAGUUGGGAGAUUUAAUUAAAUCCGAUGACCCUGCCAAGCAUACCAAAUGA